GACAGAUGCUUUCACCUCGUUCCCCUCUGAGAGGGAGAGAAAAGAAAAAUCAAAAGACAUUUUGCACAUUUAAAAAAACAGCUUUCAUGUGGGGAAAAUAUUUGAGGAAAUUUUCCUGAGAGGAGGACUUUUUUCCCUGUGUAUUUUUUUCCUUCUUUUCGAAGUGCGUGUUAAAUCUUCGACGAUGCAGGGAUCGUGAUGAUGAGUUCGUCUGGCUGCUGGGUGGCGAACGGGGCGAGUUUGGAGGAUUGCUAUUCCAAUCUCUUCUCUCUGGCUGACCUACCUGGAAUUAAAUGGCGACGUUAUUCAUGGAAGGGUCCUGCGGGGACACCGCUCGUCAUCCCGGUGGCUGAAGACGAUGCCGUUCUCUGCAGCUUCAGCCGCUGCUUAAAAGCUAAUGUACUUUGUGUGUGGCGCAGGGAUGUGAUGCCAGGCCACCGGGAGCUUUGGAUUUUCUGGUGGGGUGAAGUGCCAAAUUUUGCUGAUCUGAUCCACCAUGAACUCAAAGUGGAAGAAGAGGGAUUAUGGGAGCAGGGACUGUCAUAUGAGUGCCGCACACUGCUUUUUAAGGCCAUUCACAACUUACUGGAAAGGUGCUUGUUGAACAGAAACUUUGUGCGAAUUGGAAAGUGGUUUGUAAAGCCAUAUGAAAAAGAUGAGAAACCAGUGAACAAAAGUGAGCACUUGUCAUGUUCCUUUACAUUUUUCUUGCAUGGGGAUAGUAAAGUCUGUACCAGUGUUGAGAUAAACCAACAUCAACCAGUAUACCAUCUCAGUGAGCAACAUGUCACUGCAGCCCAGGGUUCCUCUAACCCCUUCCAAGUGAUCCUCAGCCCCUUUGGAUUAAAUGGUACCCUGACAGGCCAGUCUUUCAAACUAUCUGAUCCUCCCACCCUUAAACUGAUAGAAGAAUGGAAGCAGUUUUAUCCAAUUCAGACCAGCUCAAAGGAAACCACAGAUGACAAACAGGAAGAGGUAGACUGGGAUGAUGACUCAGUAGCAGCUGUAGAAGUCAUUGUUGCUGGUGUGCGAAUGGUGUACCCAGCUUGCUUUGUUUUGGUGCCUCAGCCUGAUGUUGCCACUGGCAUCUUAAGCAGCUCCACUGGGACGACGCAUUGCACAGCUGCAUACACAAGUGCUCACCAAGUGCCUCCCCCAAUAAGGGAUCCAGCCAUUUCCUCUGUGACCUUGACUCCACCCACAUCACCAGAAGAAACUGAAACAGCUGAAAUUCAGGCCACCCAGAAGUGGGUGAAGGUUCCUUCAAUGUGUGAGGUACUUAAUGUGGAAAAUUCAGGGCAUGGCGGAAAAAUUCCUAGAAAAUUAGCCAAUCAAGUGGUAGAGAAGGUGUGGCAGGAGUGCAAUCUGAACAAAACCCAGAAAAAACGGAAAUAUUCUAAUGUGAAUGGAUGUGAAGAUGAUUCAUCUGGCAAAGAGACAUCAUGGGAUUUUGUUGAAGCUACACAUAGGGUGAAUUGCAACUGUUCAAGGCAUAAGAAUAAAAGAGGCACUGGUGUCCAAGGACAGUCUCAGACUCCUGGUCCACAACAGUCAACAGCACUCAAGCAUAAAAUGAACGACAAGCAAGAAAAAGGGGAAAAACAACAGAAGCGACCACUAACUCCUUUUCAUCACCGUAAUUCAGUAUGUGAUGACGUUGCAAUGGAACCGGACUCAACUAAUCACAGACUUGGAAUUAGGCAACAGGACAACAGAGGAAGGUAUCCAAAUACAAGGCCUAAUGACCUUGUAAGCUCCACAAAGUCCUCACAGUUACACAUCCCAGAGCUACCUAACUCGCCACCACCGCCACCCCUCAGCCCUCAUCCAUGUGAGAGGGGUGAGGAUGUGGGUGAUGCAUUUAAAAAUCCAUUGACGCCUCAAAGUCAGCCAUUCUGCCAGAUACCUGCUCCAGAUCCACUACUACCAGGCAAAGUUGUUGAGGACAGGAUGGAGACAGUUCCCACCCAAGCUUUCUCGUUGGGUUUUUCAGAAGUGAUGGAGCCUACAACUUACAGUAGCAGUGUGUUGCAAUUUGAAGAUAAUGGGCCUGAUGUCACAUGGAAAUGUUAUCGACUGCCCACUUACAUGGAAUCUGAUUUUGUGCCACCACAGCUGCCAUUGGAUAAAUACAGAGAGGAGUAUACUGCAGUGAACAACCAAGAGCAUGCACUUUCUUCUGUUUCAGACUUGGUGGUACACUCAAAUAAGCCAUUGAAGAUUUCUGAAGAGCGGGUACAGGGCUACAUCCAGAGUAGAAACCAGUACUACAAGAGUGUUCGCACAGAGGCAGAUUCCAAGUCAGAAAUUGAUCCAUAUGCAUUUGAUGAUGGAGAUGAAGAGUUCAGCCUGCCUGAUAAGAAGGACAAGCAAGGCAACGAGAGAGAUCCUGGAAGGAAACAUUCACAAAAGGGAGACAAUGACAGUGUUGGCAUAUCCCAUUCAAUGUUGCCGGCAGAAGGAGAGGAUGCCAUGUCGAUAUUUAAUUCUGGAACAAAACCAGAUGGACAAAGAUCACCCACACACAGUCGGACUGCAUCCACGAGUCUUAUGAAUGAAGUCGAUCUGGUUGUUUCAUACAAAGAUCUUGACAAUCUGUUUGAUGAUGAAGAUGAACUUGGGCAGCCUGGUUCUCGAAGUGCACAUGUUGGAUCGGAUGAAAAAAUCGGCAACAGGGAUGCGAAGGCUGGGCCUUUUGACACGUUCCCUUGUAUAAGUUCUGCAGAUCUGCAGCAGAUGUUUCCCACGCCUCCAUCCUUGGAGCAGCAUGGCCCAGGCUACUCUCCAAUGAAUAUUAACUGCAAAGAGUUUGGAGGCCUGGAUAACACCGCAGGAAUGACUCUGGAUGGCCACCAUUUUACUGCGACAAGUCUGAAUCAUUUCAAAAUUGAAGUGGAAGAGGGAAUGGGGAGUCCUAAACCUUCAGAGAUUAAGGACUUUUCUUAUGUUUAUAAACCCGAGAAGUGCCAAGGUUACGUGGGGUGUACUAUGUUUGCACCACUGAAAAUCUUACCAAGCCAGUGUCUGCCUCCUGUAAAACUCCCAGAAGAAUAUCGUCCUUCGUGGACUGUGGGCAAGUUGGACCUGCUUCCUCCUGUACCUCCCAUGCCGUAUAUCCGUGACAUAAAUAUUCCGAGUGUUGGAAGUGGUAUGGAUCAGGAUUACAUACAGACCUGCACACCACAAACGCAUACCCCAUUUGGAGUGACGAACAGUGCUCCUCCAAGUAAUGGUGCUGGUGUUCUUCCAUCUCCUGCCACUCCACGCAUCUCUGCUCCAACUCCAAGGACACCAAGGACCCCACGCACUCCUCGUGGAUGUGGGGGUCCAGCCAGUGUUCAGGGCUCUGUGAAGUAUGAGAACUCUGAUUUAUAUUCACCUGCUUCCACACCUUCAACUUGUCGCCCACUGAAUUCAGUAGAACCUGCAACGGUGCAAUCCAUUCCUGAAGCGCACAGUCUUUAUGUGAACCUAAUCCUAUCUGAUUCCAUCAUGAAUCUCUUUAAAGAUUGCAGUUUUGACAGCUGCUGCAUCUGUGUCUGUAACAUGAACAUCAAAGGAGCUGAUGCUGGAUUGUACAUCCCAGACCCUACCAAAGAGUCUCAGAACCCAUGCACAUGCGGAUUCAGUGCUGUGAUGAACCGAAGGUUUGGAAACAACUCCGGGCUCUUUUUGGAAGAUGAAUUGGAUAUUAUUGGGCGAAACACAGACUGUAGCAGUGAGGCUGAAAAGCGAUUAGAGGACCUCAGGAACAUGUCUGUUGAGCAGGGGGAAGGAGGCACCAAGGAGACCGAAAAAGUGCCUGACGAGUUAAUAUUGCUACUUCAGGACCAGUGCACUAACCCCUUCUCCUCAUUGAAAUCAGUGGAUCCUUCAGUAGUGGCAAAAUUACAAACAGUGGGGCCGCCGGUACGUGUGGAGGAUAGAGACUACUACAGGGAAUGUUACAUUGCUUUGGAGCAGGGAUAUCAGUUUAUGGACAAUAUGUCGGGUGGGAAGCUUGAUGAAGCACUUGUGAAGAACUCUUGUUUACAUCAUUGGUCAAGAAGAAAUGCUGUGGAUGUCAGCAUGCUGUGUUCGCAAGAUCUCCUGCGCCUUCUUCUAUCCCUUCAGCCUGUUUUGCAAGAUGCCAUUCAGAAGAAACGAGCUGUUAGAUCAUGGGAGAGUAUCCAGCACGUGCAGGGGCCUCUCACUUGGCAGCAGUUCCACAAAUUGGCUGGUCGGGGAUCUUACGGUACAGACGAGUCUCCAGAGCCACUGCCUAUCCCGACGUUUAUGUUGGGUUAUGAAUGUGAUUUUGUGGUGUUAUCUCCAUUUGCAUUACCAUACUGGGAGAAGCUCCUUCUGGAGCCAUAUGGAUCGCAAAGAGAUAUUGGCUAUGUUGUGGUGUGCCCAGAAAAUGAAGCACUUUUAAAUGGAGCAAGAAGUUUCUUUCGCGAUCUCAGUGCAGUCUAUGAGUCCUGCAGACUUGGGCAGCACAGGCCCAUCUCGAAAUUGCUUCCUGAUGGGAUCAUGAAAGUUGGGACCAAAGCAGCCUUGAACAUUGCAGAGCAGCCGGUAAAUGAUUGGUUCUCUCAGCACUGUGUGAACGCUAGCAGUGAAGCAUUUUCCAAACUGAAACUUUACGCUCAAGUGUGCAGACAUGAUCUGGGUCCGUACCUUGCUGGUCAAACAUUGGACAGUUCAUUACUCUCGCAGCCUAACCCCGUUUCCUCUUGCAGUCGAUCCAGUACGUUACAAAUUCCUGCACAAGUUUCAGCUGGGGGUUCAUCUGCAUCUUCCACCUGUGCUCCUGUACCAUCAGGUACUUUAGCAAAUGCUGCCAUAACAGCCACAGUAGCCAGUAGUACUACUACAAAUGUAGCCUCAGUACCUGUGAACCUGGCCGGCGUAUCUUCUGCAGUAAAGCCGUCUUCCUCUUUUCCUCCAUUUGCACAUUUGAAUAAUUCCUCCAGUGUUGUUACUGCUCAGGGUUCAGCCUCCCAGCAGAGUAAUGGUAUCUCUGGUGAGUCAGCAGUUGGUGGAAUGGGACAACAACAUCAGGAACCUCCAGAGAGCACCAUGGAAAGGGAUAAAAUUGGGGUCCCAACGGAGGGGGAGUCUCAUGCCAUCAAUUAUCCACCAUCCAUCGUUGUGUACAUUGUGGAUCCUUUUACUUACAAUGCAGAGGAUGAAAGGUCGUCAUCUUCAAAUGUUUGGACACUUGGGCUAUUACGCUGCUACCUAGAGAUGAUUCAUUUCUUACCACAGAACGUCAAGAAUGCAAUAUCUGUGCAAAUUGUUCCAUGUCAGUAUCUGUUACAGCCUGUGAAAAAUGAUGAUCGGCAUCUGUACUCCCAGCACCUUAAAUCUUUGGCGUUUUCUGUGUUCACUCAAUGCCGGAGAUCAUUACCACCCUCCACCUAUGUAAAAGCACUGACUGGCUUUGGCCCAGGAUUGGCCUUAGACAGCACCUUAAAGAGUCCAGAUAGACCAGAGCAUUUGCGGAUUUACAGCCCGCCGUUUAUCUUGGCUCCAGUGAAGGAUAAGCAGACUGAGCUGGGAGAGACAUUUGGAGAGGCGAGCCAGAAAUACAAUGUUCUUUUUGUUGGCUAUUGCUUGUCACGUGAUCAGAGGUGGUUGCUUGGAACAUGUACGGAUCUCUAUGGAGAGAUGCUGGAAACCUGCAUCAUUAAUAUAGAUGUCCCAAACAGGGCUCGCAGGCGGAAAGGUUCACCCCGGAGAAUGGGUCUGCAAAAACUCUGGGAUUGGUGUUUGGGCAUCAUGCAGAUGACGUCACUACCCUGGAGGGUUGUUGUUGGGCGUCUGGGGAGGAUAGGACAUGGAGAAUUAAAAGACUGGAGUUGUUUGCUUGGUCGUCGCACUUUGCAGUCCCUUAGCCGGCACCUGAAGGACACUUGCAGAAUGUGUGGUAUUUCUGCAGCUGAUUCUCCAAGUAUCCUUAGUGCUUGUUUGGUUGCUAUGGAACCACAAGGAUCAUUUGUGAUAAUGCCUGAUUCUGUGUCUGUUGGAUCAGUGUUUGGUCGUGGCACAUCACUCAACAUGCAGACGUCGCAGCUGAGCACACCACAGGAUACAUCAUGCACUCACAUCCUGGUGUUUCCUACCUCUGCAAUGGUGCAGGUGCCAACUGGGAGCUAUGAAAUAAACGUUGAGGAAAUGGGAAUCUUUGAAUUACUGGACCCAGAUGAUGAUCUCAUAAUCAACUUGCCAGCAUCUCCAUCUACAUCUCCGGUACAUUCACCAGGCUCUCAUUACCCACAUGGUGGUGACACAGGCAAGGGUCAGUGCACCGACCGACAAGAAUCUCAUGAUGAAGUCACCAUUUUGCAGCAGCCCCUGGCACUGGGAUACUUUGUCUCGACAGCUAAGGCUGGGCCGCUUCCUGAUUGGUUUUGGUCAGCCUGCCCUCAAGCACAGAACCAAUGUCCACUUUUUCUCAAGGCCUCGUUGCACCUCCACGUGCCUUCAGUGCAUUCGGAUGAGUUGCUUCAUAGCAAGCACUCCCACCCACUUGAUUCAAACCAGACCUCUGAUGUGCUCAGGUUUGUUCUAGAACAAUACAAUGCUCUUUCUUGGCUGACCUGUGACCCUGCCACCCAGGACCGCCGCUCCUGCCUCCCUGUUCAUUUUGUGGUGCUGACGCAGCUGUACAACUUCAUCACAAGCAUGUUGUAAACCUCGCAAGAGAACUGAGGGAUUCAGGAAUACUCGAAAAAGGGAUAUCGUUUGAGAGGGUCAUCAAGAGCAGGAAUUGGUAGGAAGAGAAGCAUGCAUUACUCAUGGAGAACUGGAGGGAUUCUUGGAAUUGGGUCUGAAUGACCCCAGGAUGUCCCCCCCCCCCCCACCCCCAUUAAUUGCCUGGUGGGUUUUAAAGCCACAGGCAGUUUAUCCAAAAAUGCCUGCAUCUUAAUUUAUUGUAAGUUUUUAAAUGUUGUAUAAAUUGUCUUAUAUUUUGUAUUUUUUUUAAUUUUUCACGAAGGUCUAUACUGCCUUCAGGCUUUAAAGCAUUUGUUGUACUAAAAUAUCUAUAAUCGUCUUAAAAGUUUGCAGUAGGUUGCUAUAAAGUCGGGGAGGGAGAGCAGCAAAUAUCUAUUGGCUCAAUGUACAUUUUAGUAGGGGUGGGGUUAGUGUUAACCAUACAUUGUGUGUGGUAAAAAUGCAGCGAAGCUGUGGAUGCAGAGUACUUGUACAGUAAAUAUGUUCACUGUGUUUAUAUAACUGAAAAGUACAUCUUAUGGCAUUUCUUAUCAUGCAUUUGAAGCCAGCGCUAAAAUGGGAAGGGUUGGGGAGGGGUGGGGGGUUGGAAAUGGGACUGCAGAGGAGGGCUGCUCUGGUCAAGGUCAGUCCCAAUGACCUGCCUAUUUGUACAUAAAAGAAGUCAGUAACUUUAAUUUGUUACUACUGUAUAAAAAAGAAAAAUUGUGCAGAAUGGUAACUAAAUUUUGUAGCAGAAUUUUUUUCCAAAAUUGAAUCAAUGCAAUGCAGGUGUGUUGGUCUGUUGUAGUGUUAAGGUUUCUAGGCCCAGACUCUUACCAUUGUCCGAACUUAAUGAUGGCUUCAGUGAAUGGACCACUUUACAGAACCAGGCACCACAAUGCUGAGAAAGUCACAACAGUGUUCCUUCUCAGUUUUCUCACCCCUCUUGACUAUUUUCUAUUGUAAUUUCAUAAUUACCACACCUGAUGUCUUUUGCUAUAAAACUCCAUAGCUGUCUGACUUAUUAAAUGUUCUUUUCAUUGCUCAUUAAUCUCUCUGUACAGUUAUAGACCUCUAUUAACAUUGGAACAUUGAAAAUUGCUUCAGCACUCAAUUGUGGGUAACUUGUAUUAAGAUACAGGUCUUUGAGGAAGAGUAUUUUUUUUUUUUUUUUGAGAAGAGAAACUAGUAGAUUCUGAAGGUUUGCUUAUUAAAUCUAUCCUUGCAUCAUUUUAUUUCCCCCCAGCCCGUCAUGUUCCACUCUGAGCUUUACUGCACGGUGCCUUUUCUCUUAAUGGCCUAGUAUUUUCAAGUAUGCCUGAAGUAAAAUGUGUGUUUUGAUAAAAUGAUUCUCAGGUUCUAACUAAAUGGCAUAAGUAGUUAGAAGCUAAAGGGUGCAUUAUUUUAGAAAGUGAAAUUAUACCCAUCAGUUAAGAAACAUUCAUUUGCAAUAGGAUUUGGAAGAAAUAUCAAUAGAGUUGAAUCAUGACAUUUUAUUAUUAGUUCAUAUCCUCUUGUGGUGUUGCAGAUUUUGCAGUAAACCUGUUCAGAGAUAGUAUUACACACCUCUGGAGCAGGUGGGACUUGAAUCCAGGCUUCUAGGCUCAAUGGAGACACUACCAAGCGGUACAAGAGACCCCACCCCAUGCAUCAACACCAGUUGUAGGAUAGCAAAGACUAAUUGGGCAAGGUCAUGUAAAUUCACUCCUGAUUUUGAAGUCUCUCGGUCUGUAUUUUCAAAAUAUUGCUAUUAUGAGUUUGUCUAUCUACAUGAAACUGUCUGUUAAACCAUGCCGGGCUGUAAUUAUACCCUUUUGCCUGUGAUGGUAUAAUUCUUCUACUUUGAGAGAGAUUUGAUUGCAGCCUGACAAAUUUGCAUAGACAGUUUCCCUUCUAAAUAUGAAUGUAAGAUCAAAGUUCCUAGGAAGUGUGUGCAGAUGGAUUUCUAGUAUUGUCCUGUGUAUGUGAGUAUAACACCAGUAUUAUUGUGCAGUUAUCAUAACAAAAAGUACUAGAACUGCUAAUAGUAUUUAAGCCUUGACAAAAGUGAGACCGGACCAAUUUUGAAUUGAAAGUAUCUUAAAAGAAAUUCUUAAAAUCUCCUAAAUUUAGAAAUUUCCAGCAUCCAUGAACCUUCAUAUUAGAUCAUCUCUUCAAUGAUGGUUCCUUGCAAAAAUAUGCACAAGUUUCAUCUAAAAGAGGUCUUAAUCAAAUUUUCUAUAAUAUAAUAAUUUUAUAAGUACACUUGCAAAUAAAUAAAGUUUUCAGGGAGUGAUGGGUGCCUCAGAUCACUUGUCCAGUUGUUUUCAAUUUGAUAACUUCAGGAAAUUUUGCCAAAUUUCAUUGAAACCUGUUCAAAUUUGUUUUCUUGCAUUUUUUUCAGAAGACAGGCUUGAUGAGAGAACCUCUGUAAUAUCUGCAAAUAUUUUAUUACAGCAGUAACUCCUUAAAACCCUGAUCAGCUCUACUCUAUAAUGUUCACUCCUUUGGAAAAGAUAAGUUGUGCAAGAACACUAAAGCAAGAUCCAACACUGUAAGCCAUAUGUGUACUAACGUAAAGGCUUUAAUACAAAUGCUAAAUUUAGAAGCGCCUUAAUUGUUUAACUGUAUAUGUAAUUGCUAUUAAUUUGCUGAAAAUAUUUUUAGGGAGGAAGUCGAAAGCUUUUUUCAAGUAACAGAAAUUGCACUGAAUCUUAAAUACUAUUUAAAACAACUCAAAAUGGCUAAUACUGUCAUGAAAACAUUUGGGCUGUUUCUUGAACCGAAGGCACUUUUGUUAAAACUGUUGAACACCUGACUCCCAGCCUUGAACAAGGUCUUGAGUCAUCAGUUUCGUAAAUUUUCCUACAUCUUUUGCCUGAUUUGUGAAUUUUCUUGUUACUGGAUGAAGUCCCUUGCAGGAUCAAAUUAUUCACUUUUAAGUCUCUCCAAAGCCAGAUGAAAGCAUGAGUGAACCAGCUUGCAUCAUUUGUAAAAAUUGUUUAGUCUAUCAGCCCCUUGUGUUGGGGUGUGAUUUGUAGGAAAUUUGGAGCACACUUAGGUGUUUUCUUUUGCUAUAAGAGGGAGAUAAUAAAGAUGUUGGGGAUACUAAAACUAUAAUUGGACAUGUGCUGUAUUUUUGCUCCCACUGAAGUCCCAUCUACUGCAUUAUUCUUGAUGCAUUAAAUUGAAUACUUAUGAUUCAAAUGACCUUUAAAAUAUGUGGCACACUGGUUAGUAUUGCUGCCCCUCAGUUCCAGUCUUGGGUGUCUGUCUAUGGGAGUUUUCACCGUUCCCCUGUGUCUGCGUGGGUUUUCUCCGGUUUCUUCCCACAGUCCAAAAUGUGCAGGUUAGGUGGAUUGGCUAUGCUAAAUUGCCUCGUAGUGUAUGCAGGCUAGGUGAAUUAGCCAAGGGAAAUGUGGGGUAAAGGGGAUAUGGGUCUGGGUUGGGUGCUCUUUGGAGGGUCAGUGCAGACUAGAUGGACCGAAUAGCCUUUGUCUGCACUGUAGGGAUUCUAUGCCUCAUGCUGUUGUGGAAUUGUUAUUUUUUGGCUGGGGGAUGUCUAAUACAACUCAGCCAAUCUGAAAAUUUGCAAGUUGAAAGGACACUGCACUGGCUGUGUUUCUUUUUAGUUUACUCGCUCAUGGAAUGUGGCUGGACCAGCAUUUGUUGCCCAUCCCUGAUUUCCCUUCAGAAGGUGAGCUGCCUUUUUGAACCACUGCAGUCUAUUUGGUGUAGAUAGAUCCACAAUGCCAUUAGGGAGGGAGUUCCAUGUUUGUGGCCUGGCAACACUGCAUGAAUGGCAAUAUUCUUUCAAGUCAGAAUGGUGAGUAGCUUGGAAGGCUACAGCUGGUGGUGUUCCCAUGUAUCUGGUGCUCUUGGCCUUCCAGAUGGUGGUGGUUGAGAGUUUGAAAGGUGCUGUCUGUGGAACCUUGGUGAAUUUUUGCAGUGCAUCUUGUAGAUAGUACACUACUGCUACUGAACGUUGCUUGUGAAGGAAGUGAAUGCUUGUGGAAAUAGCUCCAAUAUUGGGAUAGCAGCUAUAGACUUAUCAGUGGUAAUCUCAUUUCUUAACUUUCCCUGUAGUUUAUUUGUACUUUAUCGAAAUCCCUGUUAAAUGCUGCAGGGUCAUUGUCUUCCAUAUUGUUGAAAUAUAGAGCAGAAUAUACACUAGUACCAUAAAUGUAUUUGUAACAGACAGUGUUUAGCUUUUUGUAAAACGUAUACAGUGGUUACCUAGUUCAUUUAAUCUGGAUAUUUAAGCACAAAAUUCCAGGAUUUUUGAAAAACUGCAGUAGCUGCACAUUUUAUUUCUAAAAGUAAUGUCAGAAAGCUAUUAGCAGAUUAAAUAAAAUUAUUUGGUGGUCUUUCUUCCCCAUCGUGCACCUGCCAACAUAUUUAUUUUCAAGUUUUAAGUCCCCAGUCCAUUAGUUGAGAAAGGGAAGUGGAUGCACAGUUGUUGAAGAACUAUUAAGAGGUGAGCGCUCUAUGUACUUUCACUUGUCAUGGGUUUCUUCACCUCAGGUAUUAUUAAGAAUUGGGUGUCUGCUAUUUCACAUUCAUGAAGAUGACUUCUACAGUAUGAUACUUUGAUACAUCUAUUGUAAACCCAGCGUCUGCAGUUUUGUUUAACCUCAUUACUGAUAUCCUGUGAUUAACACGUUUCCACUUAUCCUAUUAGUUUCAAUGUUUGCUUUGUAGUUUCCCAUGAUAUAAUUUUUAUUGUAAAACUUGCCUAAUUUUAAAAUUUAAAUUGUUGUAGCGCAACAAAAAAUUUGGCUUCUUUUGCUGUCAAAUUUCACUUUCCCUAGUUGUAUAAUUACUUUUGGAGACCAGUGCUGGCAGCUGAAUGGUGAAAUUUAUUUGCAUUAAUAUUUACAGUAAUUGCAAUUACCACUUAAUCUUCUUCUACACAUUGCCACCUAAAUAAUCAUUUAUCUGUAUUCAUUCUUGACAGCUAACCCCUAUGCAUGACCUUGUGGUUAAUAGUAGUUUUAAAUAACUAGGUGAUUAUAUAGAGGUCUUUUAUUCAUUCAUGGGGUGUGGGUGUUACAUACUGUUGAGGUCCUGCCUUGAAUUGCUGCAAUACUUGAUGUGUAAGCAUAUCCACUGUGCUGUUGGGGAGGGAGUUUUAGUAUUUUUAACUGGGAUGGAAUGACAUUUAAUUUCCAAGCCAAGAUGGUGUUGGAGGGAAAUUUGCAACUGUUACUGCUCCCAUAGUUCUGUUGCCACGGUCCAAGUGGUAGAGGUCACAGGUUUGGAAGGUGCCGUUGAACUAGCCUUUGAGUUCUGUCAAAGUGCAGCUUUUCCACUGUUACCCACAAUUUAUUGCUAAAGGUAGCUUUUAAGUAUAGGGGAAGAGUCAUUUAAUUGGACUGUCCUAUAAUAUGAAUGUUAAUCAAAAAUGCCUGAAAACUGAUGCUUUUCCUGAGUUUCACAGCAUUUGGUCUUCCUAUCUGUAGCAUGUUUUUUUUUGAUUUCCUGGUCAUGUUGAUGCCAGGAUCUGAAAGUGGUCCAUUUCAUGUGCAAACACUAGUAAUCCCAGUACUUUAAUAAUGCAUUGCUUAAACAUUUUUGUCUUAUUUAAAUUUCAUAAUUUAAUCUUUUGUCAAAAUAUUUAUAGAUUGAGCUGAAAUUGCAGUAGAUUUAAAAAACUCCUUAAAUUUUAUUAAUUGUUGAAUUUUACAGAGUUGAUGCCUUGCUUAUUUUUUAAAAAAAAAAGAAAAAAUAUUGGGAGAACAUGCCAUGUUUUGCUGAACAGUUGGUUGCCUGUAACAACUGGGCAAGCAGUGAUGAGACCCCAGCUGUGGUGAGGAUGGGUCCACUUCUUUCCCCCCCUCUUUACGUGUCCUACUUUGGUAUAAAACAUCCUGCUUGUAAAGCUGCAGUUGUGGUUCAAGAGUCUUUCAACAAAUUAUGAACAAAUUUUAGUCUGGAGAUCGUGGCAAACACUAAAAGCUACAUACAGUCCAAAAAAAAAAUUAUGGUUGAAUUGUUAAAAAGGUUUAUACUUUUUAAACAUUUCCAGAUGAAAAUAAAUAAUUUAUUCAUAA